AUGGAGAACAAUGAGAAGAUAGUUGAUUUCUUCAAUAGAAUCAUCACUCACACAAAUGCUAUGAAGAACUGUGGUGAGAAGAUUUCAAAACAAACAAUUGUAGAAAAGAUCCUAAGAACUCUUAAUCCCAAGUUUGACCACAUAGUCGUAGCCAUUGAAGAAUCCAAGAAACUUGAAGAAAUAACAGUAGAAGAACUUCAAGGUUCUCUUGAAGUACAUGAGCAGAGACUCAUUGAAAGAGAAAUAGAGAAGCCAAGGGAGAAUCAUCAGGCAUUGCAGGCUCAUACAUCAAAGAGAGUAGGCAAUAACUCCAGAGGUAAUUUUAGAGGCCGUGGGCGUGGGAAAAAUUUCAAAAGUAGCUUUAAAGGAAACACACAAAAUCAAGAACAAGGAAAGAAUGAAGAAGAUCAGCCAUAA